UCUCUGCCUACUUCUGCACCCCCCUCUACCUGUCCCAUCCCUGUGUGGAGUGCAUGGUCUGCGGGUUCGGGGCUGGUGGGGCUGAUCAGUGCUUGCUGGAAGCGGAGCUGUACGAUUCUGACGGUGUUUAUGUGCAUCGGCAGUGGGUGUUUGCGCGCACAUGCGAGAGCCUGUCUGUUGUCAGUGGAGUUUGCAUUUUGUCAAGUUGGGUGGUGUCGUGGGGGAUUGUCGUGGUGUGGGUGUUUUCUCGGUGUCAAGCUAUUGGCGUUUCCGGCCUGUUUUUUGGUUUUUUUUCCCUCUUGCGUGUGCAUCUCGAGGUCUGGGUAGGUCAGACGCUCGAGCAAUAGGAUUUUUGUAGCAUUUCCCUCGAAACUCUUUCUCGUCUAAUGCAUUUUGAUUCCACCCGAGCAGGGUUAUUCAUCGCAUCGUGGUCGUACGUAGAUGAUCUAUCUAGAUCAUACCACGGAGGUCACUACGGCAGAGGUCGCAAGUCGCAACCUUACUCGCUUGUGUGUCACUUGCCGUUAGACGACACGUUUCUUAAUAUAAAAAAAGAGUACUCGACCGUCUUUGAUCUGUUCAGGAUGCCGAGUACUUUUGAGACGCUGAUAGAGGAGUGAAGAGACAGAGACACAUGCAUGGACCCAACAAUGGUAUAGGUUCUUCUAUGAUGUGUGAAUUGCAAUUGCACGGUUGGUUUGAGAUGCUGCAUUGAUGUCGUAAUCUUCGCAAGGUUAAUGAUCCUGUGUCCUGCCAUGGAAAAACCGUCUCUCUCGAAGCUCGCGGUCCAUGUUGUAAAUCUCUUGUCUGGAGCUUUUUUCCUCAGGGAGCGUGCACUAGUAAAUUUCUCUCGUCGCACACGUUACUUGUGUGCAUAACUACGCUUGUGCAAGAUCUCAACAUGAAUGUGUGAAGUUCCAAAUCCUGAUGAGCUCAACAACAAGUCUGAGGUCUAGUUCUUCAGAAAAUCUUCGAUAUAUCCAUCCCUAUUGGGAAGGAUUUCGUUGGAUAGUUCAUGAAUUUGACAAUCUCCAGCAUUAUAGAACAGGGGAAACCCAAAGCAAAAAAUUGUUGGGAUCCCUGCGGCGGUGGCAAGAUCAGGGAGCAGGGAUUGCAGCUGUCAAGCAGUAUAGGAACCUCAAGAGUGAAGAUAGAACUUGAAGGUAGCAAGUCUGAUUCGAGUGUGGAAGAAGAGUCCAAGGGAAUGCGGUUAGCAGCAAAAGACACCAGCGGUCGGAAUGCUUAUAAAUAUCGGAAUAUUGAUUUGAACAAAGCCCCAUCCACCUGGGAUGCAGAUGAAGUCACUGUGAGCAGCACCAACGAUACGACCAAUUUUAGGGGUGUUCGGCAUCGACCUGAGUUAAACAAGUGGGUGACCGAAAUUCGACCUACUUCCCAGAAACGUAAAAUAUGGCUGGGAACGUACGAGACCCCCGAAGAGGCAGCCCGGGCGUAUGACGUGGGAAUCUUCUACACUAAAAAAAAGAUUCCAUACAAUUUUGAGGACUCCCCCAAGAAGCUGCAGCAACUCCCCAUUCCACCGGAGCUGCCAUGGGAGAGUUUUGCCGCCGUUGUGAAACAGAGGGCUACCUCCGCUGCGAAGAGGGCGCGGGUUCCCUCCUCAAGCUAGAGCAAUAACCAGCGUAAUCGAAGCUGGUCGGCAGAGAAAUGUUCAUCCAGGUGAGCCGUGAUCUUCAUGCUCUAAUAGUGGCUUGAAAAUUAUAUCGAACACCAUGAGAGCAUGAGGUGAAGCCACACGGUAGGAGGUUGUGUAUGGAGUGGUUACGCUGGGAGUGCGUUGAGUAAUAAUGUUCCAUGGCUCGAAUAGCAGCCAUAGCCGUGUGCAAGUGAAGAAGACAGCCGAUUGCGUGAAGGUUCCGUCAUCCCCAUCCCCGUCUUUAACUUGUACACGUUGCUAAGUGUCCACUUGAACAAUUCAUUCAUGGACCCUGCUCAUGUACCCUGCCUCUAAUGUCAUGGUGGAGCUAGCUGAGUAAGCAAGCGGCUUAAGAAGCGGACAGUUUGUGGAAGUCGUUGAUGAACUGCUAUGUACAUGCAGCUGAGUCCUAAAGCGAGGAAUCUGUAUAUUAUUGGAUGUGGUACGAUGGGUCGCUUGGUUUCUUCUUCUUGUGAAGGUCUCAUGGAUAUGUCAAGCUCCUCCCAAUGAAACUUACUUUUGAUCUAACAAGAGGUUACUUGGUAAACGUGACUAUUUUGCCGUAUAAUCUCUUUCAUGCCACUGGAAUUUCCUGCAACGUACGGUCUUCCGCCAGUGCACUGCGCUUCUGAUGUGCACUGAACAGACAUUAGCGUAUAGUAGUUGAGUUGCAGUUUUAGUGCAAUUUCUCAACCAAGCAUAGUCUCACCUGAAAUCGAAGAGGGAGAACAACCUUACUGCCAUUGCAAUUCCGAAGAUGGUUUCAAACACCGUAAUCCUGUGGAAGAAGCCUCAUUGCAGGUGCCACUGCCUUCAAGCAACCUAUUUGUUUGCACUUUUUUACAGACAGCUUUACUCUGAUCGUUCUUUUGGUUCAACUUCUUUGAAAAAACUCCUGGACGCCGUAAACCUUUCGGAGAUACAAUUUGCUUUCUAGCGCUGAACCUGCAUCUCCAUUUUGUCUCACCUCUCGAGAUCUGCCCUUUGCCAGAGUCUAGGGGACAUGCUGUAAUCCUGCCUAUUCAAACAUGCCAUUUUUGUCCAUUUUA